AUGCUGACUCCAGAAUAUCUGCCUCUUCCUCGACAAAUGAAACCGGACGACGCCGAUGCUUCUGUUAAGGAAGGAUGCCUGGGCUUUGAACAAGGGGACUUAAUGUUGAGAGACCAGUUCGUUAUGGGCCUCAAGGAACCCAUCCGCCAGGAACUCAGACGGCAGGUGCGAAAAAGGCCUGCACUCACCUUCGACGAGGUGAAAACAGAGGCUCUGGCCAUAGAGGAGGAGCAAGCAGAACAAUGGCCUCCACAUGACUGCUUAGUGGUAACUUUGUUUAGCGAGAGUGUCUGCAGGAACCUCCUCGGGGGUGAAAAGCUUAGAGGUAGUAAGGAACUACCCUGGUUGACGCUUAGGGCUGCUAAUGGGCUAAACAUCCCGUGGGUGGGUUACCUAGUGGCAGACUUUGUGGUGCAGGGGGUCCGGGUGCCAGUGCGCGGCAUUGUAGUUGCUAAGGACAGUUGUGUGGGAGCCGAUAAAGCAAUCCUUGGAAUGAAUGUAAUUGCGGACUGUUGGGAAGAGCUUUUUAACAAAUGCCAGGUGUCCUCCAAACGGUCAAAACCGCUGCUGGGUCGAGAGUGGCACUCUGUGUUUGCGGACUGCCAACGCAUACGCACGGUCUCUUCUGCCGACCCAUGGAAAGCAACGGCAAGGUUAGCCAGCCGCACCCCUGUUACCAUCCCUGCACAGAGCAAAAUGACUCUUUGGGCCAAAAUUCCUCUAUCGUCCCAACAUUGGCAAUGUGAGGCACUAGUAGAACCCCUUGGGGAAAACGGAGGGGUCGAGGUGGCAAGAGCCCUGGUGACUGUGGGAAAGGGCCGUAUUCCUGUGCGGCUCAGGAAUAUUCAUCCUUACGCGGUUCAGCUGAGCAGGUUCCAGAGGCUGGCGACAGUUACAGCUAUCGACCCCGACAGCAUUAGGGACGGUAAGGAGCUGUCCUUGGUGGAGGUGGAUCCCGGAGUCGUGGAAGUCCGCCUGGUCGAUGCUGCUCCCAAACCAGAAGCAACCAACGUAAGCCCUGCUAUUCCUGUCCCUGGGGGAGAUGGACUGACGGAGGAGGAACAGGGGAAGUUGGACAAGCUGCUAAAUCGAUGGCGGCAUGUCUUCUCUACCCACGAAGAGGACUAUGGGCGGACGAGUGCUGUGAAACACACCAUAACAACAGGUGAUGCAAAUCCUAUUCGCGAGAGGUAUAGAAGCUUCACAGAACACCUUCAGCAUUUGGAGUCAGUGUUUCGGUCUCUGGGCUAUUAUGGCCUUAAACUCCGUCCCGAGAAGUGCCAGCUGUUCCAGAAACAGGCCCUAGGUGACCCGGACCAGCUUGUGGGAGUGGUAGAGACCGCCAUUACCCCAACCAUAGGUGGCAGUUUGGGAUGGGACGUGGCGCGAUGGAGAAGCCUUCAAGCUGAAGAUCCGGAUCUGCGUAAAAUCCAGCCUCACAUCGAGAGAGAUGGGACACCCAGGGCUAGAGCGAUCCCUGAGUCUGCUGCGAAGGAGUUUUUACUGGCCCCGAAUGGAGGACACAAUCGACACCUGGCUACAAGCUUGCCCGCGUUGUGUAUUACACAAGCCCGGACCCCCAGGUAG